UUAUUUGACAUUGACAAGUAUGUUUGUGUUGAUGUUCAGACGCUAAUGCUCGUUACUAUUUGAAUUGAAUAUUACAAUUGAACAUCUAUUUUGAAAACUUGUGAUACACUCUAGUAAACAAUGGGUGAAAAAGUGGGAAAUCAUGUCAGUGAUAUAGAUAUGAAUAAUUCGGAGAUAACAUUUGAAAACUUAACGAUUUUGAAAGAGUUUGGUAACAUUGUAAAUCUUGUGAGAAAUGAAGAUUUCCUCGAAACAGUCCCUAAAGCUAAAUUAAGGCGUGUUAAAUGGAUGCCAAUGUUCAACUGUUUAAAACAAGGAAUUCUUGACGAAAUGGUACAAGAGUUGAGUGCUAUGUGGGAGUACGAGAACAUGCCCGAGAAACUUGAAAUCUUAGAGAAACAGAAGGAAAAAUAUAGUGAGAUUGAAGCCACCAAAGUACUGUGGAGACCACAACUAGCGGAUGUAAAAGCACAACUUAGAGCAAGUGAUGUUGCAAAUUUACAAAAGCAAAAAGUCCUCCUAGAAUCAUUAGCAAAAGAGUAUGAAGUGCGUGUCAAUAGACUUAAGAAGGUCUUGGCAGCCAAGCGCGGUUACCUCAAAGCUCUACAAUUGGAUAUCCAAAAAUACCAAAGAAGGAAUGAUGAUCUAAUUUCAAAACUCACUCAUAAGUUAGACAAUCAUCAGAAUUUGAUCAAUAAUGUUCUGAUUGAUAAAGUUGAUGUGGAAGAAAUAAACUGGAAAGAAAAAGAUAUGGAAGUGAAUGAAAUAAAUUGAUAGAUAUUAUUUGAAUAAAAUUUAUAUUUCAGAAAAUUGUACACACCUGAGAUAAAGUACAACAAAAUUUAUAAUAAGUUAUAUAAUUUGAAACUCAUUUGCUUUCAAAACUUAUCUUUCUCUAAGUGUAGACGAAAAUAGAAUAAAAUUUUAAAUGUUAAGUGACACUGACAGUAAUUACAUAGUUCUAAUCUUGCUGCUAUCCAUACCAGCUAAUUAUUAUACAGAAAUACAGAAAAGUUUUAAUGAGAACAAAUAUAAUUUUAAAGCAACAUGUUAUCUUCUAUCAACAAUAAAUUUAAUAAAGCAUCUAGUGAUGUAAAAUUAUGAAUUAGAUAAAGUCACAUUUACUCUCUUAGAAGAUACAUAAAGUGUUAGUGUUUAAAACAAAAGUACAUUUUGUAAAUGCAAACCAAAAUGAAAACUAAAAUAAAAAUAAACCUCUUAGUUUAAAA